AGGUUAAAUUACGUCGUGGGCGUAGCGGCUCCUUGUAAUGGCGACCGUGCCUUAGAUGUGCCCAGGUUUGUGAAAAUGAAGCGAAGAAGAAGUUAUUUAUUUUAAGAAAAACGCCGAGGUUCCCCGGAGGAGGACUUUGCGUCAACAAUUGUCGUCUUUCUAAACUGGUUAACUUAGCUGUAAUUUUGAACUUUUGUGCCACCGAGAUGAUGAAGCUCAAGUCAAACCAAACCCGGACGUACGACGGGGAUGGCUACAAGAAGCGGGCCGCCUGUCUGUGCUUCAGGAGCGCGACCGAGGAGGAGGUGCUGCUGGUGAGCAGUAGUCGACAUCCUGACAAGUGGAUAGUUCCUGGAGGAGGAAUGGAGCCAGAGGAAGAGCCCAGUGUUGCUGCAGCUCGAGAAGUGUGUGAAGAGGCCGGCGUGAAGGGGACUUUGGGUCGUUUAGUUGGAAUAUUUGAGAACCAAGAGAGAAAACACAGAACCUACGUCUACGUCCUUAUUGUAACAGAGGUUCUGGAGGACUGGGAGGACUCAGUCAACAUUGGAAGAAAAAGGGAAUGGUUUAAAAUAGACGAUGCCAUACAAGUGUUGCAGUGUCACAAGCCUGUGCAGGCCACCUACUUUGAGGCCCUCCAGGAGAGUUGCCUGACCAGUAAUGGAACACCUUUGGUAACUACGAUAGGUGGGGAACUCUCCCCUACUUACAGCAUCAAUCAGAGCUCUAUUUCGGGUAUCAGAUAACUAAAACCAUACCUCUGACACUCUCUGGAGCUUUUGAGCUUUCACCGCCACUUGCGCUCUUCUCCCCUCUUCUCUUCUUUUUCUCUUCUUUUGUCUCAAUAACAUGGUUUGCCUUGCCAACUCCUUUGUGCCAGAACUGUGGCACAGACCUGAUGACAAGUGUUGGUUAAAUAGUCUGAAAACUUUGUAAAUGUAAUUUUUGACCCCACUUUUGUUCCUUUCUUUUUACUGACAACUGCAUGAAAUGUCCCCUUGCUACCUUCAUUCUCUUUCAUCAAAGCACCCUUAGCGUGGUGUUUAUUGAAUGCAAGAACUACUUUUUACUGUUGUAAUGUCAAUGUGUAAACAUAGUGAUUAAGCUGAAGGCUUUAUGGUGGUCAUUUUAAUGUCUCCUCCAUUUUUCGUUUUUUUUUUCUGUGAAUGAAUGUGCCCAUUAGAGUAGUCUCUUCCCCUUUUUUAGGAAAGAAAUGUCAUCUGUAUCUGAUUAAAGAGAAUUGUGGGAAGUGACUUAUCGUGCAAUGACACUGUUGCGUCACACUCCCACAGGUGUCUUGAUGCCGACUGUACAGCGGCCUUGUGUUAAGGUCUUUGGAUUAUUUGGAUAUGGUCUGUUCAUUUUACACUUUACGGUGGUUGCAGAUGUUUCUUUUAUCAGAAGGAUGCGGCCCCAUUGUAAUAUUUCGAUUUACUAGUGUCAAGUGUGUGUCAAACUAGCCAAGCACUACAGGUUCCAAUCUCAAAUGAAGAGUGUGUAUAUAUGUGUGUGUGUGUGUAUGUGUGUAUGUAUAUAUGUAU